AAACUUUAAUCAAAGGACGUGGCUACAAUCAAGAGGGGUUAUCUGCUUGGUAUCUAAUACAGCCCAGCCCUCUUUGAUAGUGUCUCCCACCUUGUGGAACAGGCUACCUGAGGAGGUGAACCAUCCCGAGAAGUUUCUAGGAGCCAGUGUGAAAGAUGGCUGUGCAAUGCAAAAAGUCAGACGUGGUUAAAGCCCUGAAGAAUAUCUGCAAAGCUGAAGAGGUGCGCAGGGAGACGGAACUGAUGAUGAAGCCAUAUGCCAACUGGGAGGAGUAUCUAAUGCCCGGCCCCAUCUCAAUUGCCAUUUUAGGGGAGCUGGCAUGCAUCUCAGCAGGGCAGGGAGAUUUCUCCAUUAACAAGAAUCCACCUGCAGGGGGGUUUAAAUACAUCAAAUACCCAGACUCAUUCCUCACCUGCCUGAUGCAGGUGAGCAACAAGGGCUGGGAGGCCUUUAACAUCGCUCACAAGAAUAUGGACCAGAUCAGACUCCUCUCCAUGAGUGUCCCAGAGCAAAUGAAAAUCAUUGUCCAGAUUCUGUUCCAGGACACAGAGGUGGUGCAGGCCCUGCUCCCUGGGCAGCUGACCAGCAUGAAAUCCAUUGCUGAUGAAUGCACUUCUUUAGCCUUGACAGUCGAGAACAAAUUCAGUGAUGUCAUCUGCCUGAUCCAAGAAAUGCUGGAAGCCUGUUUGAGUUCAAAAAGCGGGUACGAAAAAGAGCUGGAAGAAACCAAACGGGUCUUGGAAGGCGUCAAGCUCAAACAAAAGGCAGCAGAAGCAGCCAAGAAGGAGGCAGAGGGAUACUACAGGAGCAUAAGACAGAAAGUGGAUGAAACAUACCAGGAUUACAGGAAGGCAAUGAAUAGCAUUCCAGAGGGCUGGGACGCCGUAGCUAUGAAUUUUGUUGCAGGUCUAACAGAAACCAUUACCACCCUGCCUCGUGUAGUUGCUAAUUUGUGUAAAUACCAUGUUGAGGAAAGAGAGGACAGUAGCGGCAAGUCAAACGGUGGAGCUGAAGAUGACCCCAUCGCACUGGGCAACAUUUGCUCCCACUCUGUGCAACUGGCAUCAUUGGGGAAUGCUCUGAAUCAGCUGGUGGACGAAGAAGGCAACAUUAACAUGGGCCUCCUUUACAACGAGAAAAACCAGCAAGUCAAGUCCUCUUGGACAAAGGAAACAGCUGAGCAGCUGCUAGAGAAGAUAAGUAAAGAAAAGGAUUGCAGCGUGAAAGGAAUGGCGGAGGAGAUAUGUAAUUCUGUCAUUAGUGUCUGUCAGAUCCUGGCUGAAGUAGCAACUUCUGGGAACAAAAAUGUAAAAGAGAAAAGCCUGAAAGAAAAAAUUAAAAAUCUAGUGCAAAAAGUUGCUCUCUUUGACAGCAAGAGCAAAUCACGCACAGGGGCACCACCUUUUUCUCCCAAGACACCCAACAUGGCAAAAUAUGAAGAUAAUUGUCAAGGGGGAAUGGAUGGAUCAGUACUGAUGACCAAUGCCCAUUACAAAGUCUUGCAAAGCAAAGAAAUGCUAAAGAUCACAGAAGAUGAGUACCAAAGGAGCUUUGAAAACUUCAAGAAGCAGAAUGAGGAGUUGACAGAGAUACUCAUUGCCAUGAGGUCAUGUGAGACAAAGGAGAUUGACUUUGAUACAGCCAGGAAGAUGCUAAUCAAAGGCUUGGAUGCUUUGGGAUGAGUGAAGGAGCAGUGGGAGAAGAUGGUCCGUUUCUUUCAGAUGAUUUCCAGCCUCAUAGAUUCCUGCCUCAGCCGUCGCAUUGCAGAAUUUGUAACCACCGCUGGAAAGGUCCGUGGGAUUGCAAACUACUCCAGCAAUGAUUUCGUAAAAGACCUGAUUUACAAGCAGGCGUUCAAUGCUUCCAAUGUGGCUCAUUUAGUGCAUAUGAUAUCCGAGACCUACACGGAAGUAUCUUCCAAAUACCUGAUGGACAAGGUCAGUAGCCUUGGCAGGCUUAUCUCCAUGGAGCCUUCCGAUCCCAAAUUCCAGGCCGAGCGCCUGAAGUUAGCAGCAGGAUGUGAUGAUGCUCGACAAGCGAUAGAGGAUCUGGUUGUGAAGAAGAAGAGAGAGUUUGAGAGCAACAUCCGGGCCAGAGUGGAGAAAAUCGAUUGUGAGCUGCUGGCUGUCUUGCCCGAAGUGCCCCAAGCAGAGAAAAAAGCAAUUGAAGAUAUUGUACAGAAGGGGAUGAGAGACAUGACUCUGCAGGAUGUCAACCAGUUCAUCUAGAAGGGUAUCUCAAUUCUCGGUUGCCUUUGCCACGAGCUGGAGCAGUCCCUAAUUCAUUCAUUUCUUUCUUUGGCCCUUUCUGCACUCUCCUUUUAAUCUAUGGUAUUAAAGCAAU